AUGGCCACCAAGCGCGCGUACAAGCUCCAGGAGUUUGUAGCGCAUGCUUCGGAUGUCACUUGUGCCAAGUUUGGGAAGCGAACAUCAAGAACUUUCAUCACUGGUGGGGAGGAUCAGAAGGUCAAUCUUUGGGCUGUAGGGAAACCUAGUGCUGUCCUGAGCCUCUCAGGCCAUACAAGUCCAGUUGAGUCACUGAGCUUUGAUUCCUCUGAGGUUAUGAUAGGUGCCGGAGCAGCAACCGGAACAAUAAAAAUAUGGGAUAUCAAGGAAGCAAAAGUUGUUCGAACUUUCACUGGGCAUAGAUCAAAUUGCGCCUCUCUUGAUUCCCACCCUUUUGGAGAAUUUUUUGCGUCUGGGUCUUCAGAUACAAACAUGAAAAUAUGGGACAUGCGGAAGAAGAGAUGCAUUCACACAUACCAGGGUCAUACCGGGAGGAUUGAUGUGCUUAGAUUCACUCCUGAUGGUCGGUGGAUUGUUUCCGGUGGGGCUGAUAGUUCUGUGAAGAUCUGGGAUUUGACAGCUGGAAAGCUCUUGCAUGACUUUACGCUUCAUGAAGGCCCAAUUAACUGUUUAGAUUUUCACCCCCACGAGUUCUUACUGGCCACAGGUUCAGCUGAUAAAACUGUUAAAUUUUGGGACCUUGAGACUUUUGAGUUGAUUGGAUCUUCUGGACCGGAGUUCAUGCAGAACUGUCGCGAAUACUAUAUGCCGGCUAGUGUAGUUCGUUCUAUGACAUUCAACAGUGACGGCAAAGCACUUUUUUGUGGAUUACAUGAAAGCUUGAAGGUUCUUUCAUGGGAACCUAUCAUAUGUCAUGAUGCAGUUGAUGUUGGCUGGUCAACAUUAGCAGAUCUAAAUGUACAAGAGGGAAAACUUCUUGGUUGCUCAUAUAACCAAAGUUGUGUGGGAAUAUGGGUUGUGGACUUGAUGAAAUUUGAUCCAUUCACUGUCGGUAGUGCGGAAGCAUUUUGGAAUGGAACUGGUAAUGGGCCAUUACAAGCUGAUAAUAGCAUAUCAUCAAUGCUGGGAAGUUUAUCGAUUUCCAGAAGACAAGAAGCCAAUGAAACAUCCAGUACAUUGCUUAAGCGCCCGAUGUCUGCGUCGAAAGAAGCUUCUGUACCAGCUUCUUCUGCAGUGAGGAAGAGAUUAUCAAAAGCACCUGGAAUAAAUAAUCUUCGGCUGACAAGAGCUGAAUCUGCACCUCUUAUUUCUCCUAGGGUUAGAUUGAAGCCAGAUUCUACUGACCACCAGAAGAGACACAUAGCUAAUGUUCGCUUCAAAGUGGAUCUCUCUACAAGUGCCAGAAUGAUCGCUGGUAACUCACAGGCUUCUGCUGCUCCCACAUAUAUACCUAGGUCCAAUAUAUUUGCAUGUAGUAGUGAAGGAUCCACUUUCGUGCCUGGUAUUGUCCCAAGGCAUGUUUCUAAAGUGGAUGCUGGUUCCAAUCUCAGUGAAGCUGCCGCUGCUGUCAUAAAGCCUGAACAAUUACUAAAAGGUCAUCUGGCUGUGGAUCAUGACAAAGAUGUUCAUCGUUCCAUAUUUCAGUCAAAGCCAAUUACUUCAAAAACUCCACAAAGGAAAUUUAUAAGAGAAACAUCAAGUGAUGGGGACAUUAACUGUUUUGGGGCAUUGUGCACUGAAAGUGUCCAGUCUAACAAAGUUGAUAACUGGUAUGAUGUUUGUGGUUUCGAAGAAACAAAAUCAGCAGUUGGAAGGAAUCCACAAUUUGUGAAUGUUAACAGAACAGUAGUGUUUGGAUCGAGCCAACUGGUGGAAUCAAGUGAGAGCAGCAUAAUGCAAAAUCGAGGAACGGGACAUUUAUGUGCGAGUUACAAGAGAAGCGAGUACGCACCAACGUCAGAUGGCUUGAGACAAUCUUCAUUUGCUGGAGAACGCAGUGCAUUGGCUAAUGAUGACGAUCUUAUAGCUGACCUAAUGCAAAACCAUCAAGAAUUCAUUCAUGGCGUGAAGUCGCGGCUGACAAAACUAGAGCUUGUGUACCGCUGUUGGCAAAAUAAUGAUAUCAAGGGCUCUGUCAGUGCUAUGCGAAGAAUGUCGGAUCAUGCUGUUACUGCUGAUAUAAUUAAUGUUCUUAUUAUGGAAAAGAGUACCAAGUAUAUUACACUAGACAUUUGCACUUCUGUUUUACCUCUCGCCUCCAAUCUUCUUGAAAGCGGAUAUGACAGACAUUUGAACGUUGCCUUGGUGACGAUCCUUAAGCUUGUCAAAAGCUUCCGUGCAUCAAUCUUUUCUACUUUGUCGUCUACUCCACCAGUCAGUGUAGACCUCGAAGCAGAGCACCGGUUGGAACGCUGCAGUAUAUGCUUUCAAGAGCUGGAAAAGAUAAAUGCAGGUCUCAUCUCCUUGACAAGGCGAGAAGGCAAGGUUGGGAGAUCAGCACGGGAGCUGAGCCUCCUCCUUCAGGAUAUCUUCAAGACGCCAAGCAGUGUAUAA